AUGGCGGAUGAUCUCUUCGAUGAUGUCCUCGACAUCGAGGAUCAAUUCUACAAAGAAGGCUUUGAUGCCGGCGCUGCUGAUGGUACGCAUGCUGGACUAGUCGAGGGCAAAAUUUUUGGUAUCGAGAAAGGGUACGACAAGGCCCUUGAACUCGGCAGACUACACGGGCGUGCUCUUGUCUGGAACCACAGGCUACGUCAAGGACAUUUUGCUGCUUCUGGCUCUAGCAAUUUGACGGAAACUACUGAAUCGAGUGCUCAGAGCGGCACAGAUCUGUCCAACGCUUUUUCAGCCAUGCCGGCAUUGCCAAAAAGUGCACGUCUCGAGAAGAACGUUGAGUCGUUGCUGUCUCUGACGAGUCCGAAACAUGUGCCUACGGCCAAUGAUGACGAGUCAGUCGAGAAGGUCGAAGACCUGAUUAUGAAGGCAACCAACAAGGCAAAGAUCGUAUCGAACACCGUAGGUGAGCCUCACGAGACCUCGAUUGCCACUGUGUCGAGCAUUGAGGACAGCGGUGGACUCUCUGCUCGUCACUGA